CGGGGCUGAGCCGAGCGGAGCCGAGCGGGGCCCGAGCCGAGCGGCACCAUGCUGGGCAUGAUCAAGAACUCCCUGCUGAGCUCGGUGGAGGCAUGGCCCUACCGGGUGCUGAGCAAGGGGGAGAAGGAGCAGCUCAGCUACGAGGAGAGGGAGUGCGAGGGCGGCAGGUUUGCGGCGGUGGAGGUGGUGGGGAAGCCGUUCGAUGAAGCCUCAAAGGAAGGGGCGGUCAAGCUCCUCAAGUACGUCGGAGGAAGCAAUGACAAGGGGGCUGGAAUGGGCAUGACUGCUCCUGUCUCCAUCACUGCUUUUCCUGCUGAAGAUGGCUCCUUACAGCAGAAAGUGAAGGUCUCUCUGCGGAUCCCGAGCCAAUUCCAGGACAACCCUCCUUGUCCUAGUGAUGAAAGCAUUAAGAUUGAAGAGAGAAAAGGGAUGACCAUUUAUUCCACGCAGUUUGGUGGCUAUGCCAAAGAGGUCGAUUACGUGAGCUGUGCUGCCAAGCUGAGGUCCGCCCUGGGGAGCGAAGCUGCGUACCACAAGGAUUUCUACCUGUGCAACGGCUACGAUCCCCCCAUGAAGCCUUACGGGCGACGCAACGAGGUCUGGUUUGUGAAGGAGUGAGCGAGCAUCUGGCUUCCUGCGCUGCUGGCCUGCACUGAUAACUCCCCCACCCUAUGUUCUUGUCCUCUUCAAAAUAAAUAAUCAUUUGGCAGAGGACGAAUCAUUCCGUUCCUCCACAACUGUGCUUCGGUCUUCUGUGGAGCAGCGUUUUCAGGAGAGCACUGCAGGCCCUCCUAACAGUCCAGCUUCCUUUGUUUCAGACUAGUUCCUCAAUCACAUAGACUCUGGUGAUGUCUCUGUGCCUUGCUUUUAUCUCCCUCACGCUCCCAGGGUUCAAUGCUGAGACAGCCAAAGUGCUUAAUUAACAAGACUGGUGCCUGACAGGAGUCGCAUCCAAGUGCUGGCAGACCAUGAGUCUCACCUGAGGCAGGCAAGGGACCAUGACAAAAGUGCAUACAGGGGCUUUUUGAACUUCUUGAGCUUGCUGCAGCUGUGAAGUGUUGCUUUGAUCUGUGCCUUUCCAAAUGCAAUAUAAAGGGACCAUGAGCAUUGCUACCAACACAGCACAGUGAAAAUAAGCAUCCUUUACAUUGACUCACAGUGUGCAGGAGAGCAAUGCUUCUGCCAUCUGGCUGAGAAAUGUCAUCUAGAGGAAAAUCCAGGUCUGUGUUUGCAGCUGUGCUUCUGUGUGAGGUGAGGCAUUUUGGAGUGUGUUAUGUCCUGAUCUCAGCUAAGCAGUUGGACCUCAAGAUAACUUCCUUCCUGUUACUUGUGUGUAGCUUUUCUUUAAAGCUAGCUUGCACAAGAGCCAGAGCUGAAAUGUGUGUGAUGAUCUAAUUGAAUUAGAAAAAUACAGGCUGUGAAAACAGCAGGUGUCAAUUCCUUUUGAACAGAAGGUGUAUUUGAAGAAUGGUGAGCAUCUAAUGAGGCUACUGUGGGUGCAGGUGUUCCAAAAACACACUGCCAUAAAUGGUGUUAUUUUCUGGAAGGCUACUCAGAGCAGCUACCUUCUUGGAAGGAGGAGGAAACAAGGAUUUCUGUCAAAUAAUGAGUAGCCUUUCAGAAACUUCCAAUACAAGAGUAAGUAAGGGUGGAUCUUGUCAGUAAGACUGGCAAUGUUUAUCUGGUAGGCAUCAAACCAGUGUUUUAGCUGUCAGCUCUGCCAGGGAGGCAGCAGGAUGCCCACAGUAGGAGCAUACACACAAACCAUUCCAGGGUGCCUGUACAAUUUGUUACCUCCACUAAAAGAGGUGUGCUGUUUUGAUGCUUAAGUGCCCUGAAGUUCAGGCCCUGUCUAAAGCCAUUUUCUCCCUGGAGCUGUCAGAUGGCAUCCCAGGUUCUGGCCAGUUUGACAUGUGCUUGCUUUCUGGGAACAAAUCAGCAGUUAAAGAAAAAAGAAAACCACCUGAGGCUCUGAUGUGCUUUCCUUUUUAGUCUUGCUGAGCCAUACCAGAGCUUUGUUGUGGACCUCAUGAAAGAGUUUGGGUCACCUCUGUGCAGGUGCAGCUAGUCAGGAUGGGUAAAAACCCCCAGGUACUUAAUUAGAAUAGAACAAACAACCAAAACCAGGGAAAAGCUAUUAGCUACAGUUAGUGAUUGCACCACAGGGGAGGAGGAAUCAAAACAGAAAAUCAAGGCAGACAAAGGUUUUUGAAGGAAUUUUUGAAGGAUAAAAAACCCACCCUUCUAAGGCUGUCCCUGAAUCCAAAGGGGACCUGUUCAUGCCAGAGAUGAUUUUAGCUGUGUGGGUGAGGAAUGGAGGGGCACAGUGCUGCCUGGUUUAUACAUUCCCAGGGUCAUUUUUGAACCUGGGUGUAGAUUACAGAUGUAGUCCUUUCUAGCUGUUGGUGGUGGGCAUCCUGCAAUGGUCAAAAUCCUGAAAUGUCUCUGAAUUAGAAUAGAAUAAACCAGGUUGGAAGAGACCUUCAAGAUC